GGGCAAGGUCACGGAGGCCAUGCGAGCUUCUGGCCAGGCCUUGCACGAAACCGUGGCCGCCGGCCUCGGGCUCCAACAGGCUGGGGCCGUGCUCCGCUGGACGGCGCAGGGCGUGCCAGACCACCCCUUUCGCGCGCAGGCCGUGGACUUGCGAGCGGUGCAGAUCUUCGACCUCGUCCUCAGGGGCCUCUGGGGGCCGCCGGUCGCGCUCGCCAUCGGCGUGGGUAGCGCAGAAGAGCUCCUCGCGAUGCAGGCCACGAGCACGUGGGACUUUGCCAGCCCCGUGGCAGCGUACAACGCAAAACACGGCAACGCAACCCACUACCUGCAGGCCAGUCUCGCCGAACGCACGUUCGGUCGCAACCAUUCCUGCGGAGGCCCGGGCGCCGGGGCCUUCACGCUGCUGCCCACACGGCCACAGAACAGGAUGGCGGCCGACCUCUUGCGGCUUUUUCUUCAGAG